CGCAAAUAUUGACCAAGUGCAUAAAUAAAUGACAAACCAUUUCAGCUUAGAAUUUUCAACUCAAAACUAGUGCAUUAUGCAUUCAGUCAGUGCUCAAUAGCCAUCGACUAUGCAUCACAAAUUGGUACUGUUGUUGAUCUACGUUGUGAUCUGUACGCAAAUUUCCACGUUUGCUGACAACUUCACCAGCUUGGAUGCUGGUCGUCAGGGAAGAACAUUUCUAUAUCCAUUCUUUUCGCAAAUGCAGUUGUCGAUGUGUACUGCUAGCCCACUCUUUGUGAGAAAAUUCGGACAAGUAGCGGUCAACCUGGGCUUUCAAGUAAUGUUCAACAUGCCGUGGCGCUUGCAGGACUUCUACCGUCCCAUGUACUGGGCUCGAGCGAUCAGUGACAUCGUAACCGGUCGUAUCACACCUACCAUGAGCGAUGAAAGGUACAGCAGAUUCCGACGAGAGGCUUCUGGUUUCACUGCUGGCCAGCUGUACGAUGCGCUGGAGCAAUAUACCUCUGCGUUGGACUUCCACCGGGAUUGUUUGGCCAAGAGUGUCUGCGAGUUGGCUCAAGUUCCUUUCAGUUUCGAGCGGGAAGAUCUGAUUCACGAUGUAGUGCAUCUUAUCCUGACACCAUCUGAACAUCAAUCGUUUCACAUAUCAGAGCAGCAGAAGAAAAAUUGGUACGAAACAGCCGAAAACGCUGGACGAAGCGAACAGAAUUGCGAUGAAGUUUAUCCCAUGUGUGAAAAAUCAAUUCUCAGUACAAUUAGUGUUGUCGAGAAUGGUGAGUAAACAUUAAUCUGAUCAUGCGUGAAAAAUGCUUUGAAUUUUUUUGACACCGAAAUUGAUGACACUUACCUGGAAGAAAGUAUUUCGCGUUCAGUCACGCGCUUUCGGCGCUUUUCACACAUUUGGGCAAACAAACCAGUUUUGAAAGUGGGUUCAACACGUUUUUAAAACUGCAGUAAUCGCUA